GGGCUCGGAGGGGCGCGCCGCGCCUCCCAAGCCUAAGAUGGGGUUGGGGGGUCGGAGGGGCCCGCCGCGGCCCCCAGGGGGGUUUCACUCAAACCACCCAGUCCCCCCCACGUAAUUACUCUUUUCUAAUCAAAAACCGACAAUUCAACGAGAAAAAUGCAAAUUACUCAUUCCACUUGAAGUCCAAAACACGGAAAAGCGAAAGAGGGUAAAAGAUAUCAUCAUAGGACGACUUAAAAGCUGGAUAAUGUUGCCCCCAACAGAUAUUUUUAAACCUUAAAAGGUUUAGCGCUGACAAAAAAUUGUAUUCGAGUAAAAAAAGGGUAAGAGAGAAGUCUAAAGACUUGAAAAACACCCAAGAUUAAUUGCAUGAUAAUGAUGGCGGACAUUGCACAGAUUUAUCUUCGGAUCCGAGAGGGGAAAAAUCUACCAGCCAAAGAUAUGUCGGGGAAAAGUGACCCGUACUGCGCUGUUAGGAUAGAUAACGAGCUAGUGGCCUGGACCUCGACUGUGUGGAAGACGUUAGAGCCAUUCUGGGGCGAGGAGUUCAACAUGUUUAUCCCUGGCAAGUUCAACACCCUCUCUAUCACAGUUUACGACGAAGACACGCUAGGAAAUAUAUGGACACACACUUGGGUGUGUGUAGACACGCUAGGGAAUGUGGACACGCUAGGAGGCGACGAUAGAAUCGGAAAAAUAACAUUGAACAGGGAAGUUCUGAGUCUGAGCACGCGAGGAAUUGAAAAGUGGUUUCUUCUCUCACCCGUCUACAACGGCACGGAUAUCCAGGGAGAACUUCGACUAGAGACCACUCUUUAUGAGAUGGUAUGUUCCAGCAACCAACAAAUACCGGACCUGACUGAGCGAUCGUAUAAAGACCCCGAUGGACCGUUUGUACGCCUCAUUCUCACCGAUAAAAAUAGUAAUGGGUCAGGGCGUAAAGUAUCUGCCUACGUCAGCAAUGAUCUACCGCAACAUUACAUUCCGCUCACUGAGGACAUGGAAGAGACCAUGGACGGCUGUCCACGCCAUUAUUCACAGACCCAGAAUGCCGUGGAAUUCGAAAGCAAGUCCCCCCUGACAGACCUGAAUCUCGUAGCAGAAGUGCUGGAUAGAGUAGACGCUAUACAGUCUAUGGGCGAGGAGAUAGUGGUACUUUUAAAGCAUGUGCUCCAGGAGUCGAAGGACGUCUGGUACAAGCUUUACCCCCUACCAAAACAACGACACCGUAAGAUGGGAGAGCUGGGAAGUAUCAGGCUGAAAAUCGCGAUGAUGGGGGAGCGAGUACUGCACUCCCAGUCCUAUGCACCACUCGUAGAGAUGAUAAUGCAGCCUUUGACUCUACCGGUUCACUCAGACCCCGAUAUACUGACCGUCAUGGACGAUCUCAACACGCUCGACCACGGGUCUGUCAUGCGACAACUUGUCAAGCUUUUCAUUGGUCAGGACCUGCUGUUGCCAUUUAUGGAUCUUGUGACAUACCGAGAGAUAAAAAAGACAAGUAAGAUUACUGUUGGAAUGCCAUACUUGCUGGAUAUCCUCAAGCCGACGAUCGAUAACAUUUUCGAUAAGCACAAACAAGUUGAGCUGGAUCCAGCGAGACCAGUGAGGACGAGACGAUUGAGCCUCCGUCAGGAUGGCGAGGACUUCAUCGCGCGCAGCGAAGGCAUCUUACGCGGCUACAUAGACACAAUCAUGAACGCUAUCCUCAACUCCGUAGAAGCAUCCGUGUACAUGCGAAUAGUGUUUCGAAACCUGGCCAAGAGAGUUCAUGAGCGCUUUGGUGAUGCACCAGGUUGCGAGGACCAAAAGUAUCUCGCAAUCAGUGGCUUUCUUUUCUUGCGGUUUUACGCGCCCGCGAUACUCGGACCCAAGCUCUUUAGCUAAAGAAGUGACCACGCGGAUAAGAUCGUGCAAAAGAUCGGUAACCUCGAACCGAUCAACAACUCGUCCUCCAAGGAGAGGUGGAUGGGACCGCUGGCCAGCUGUAUCACCGACUACGCCGAUCAAGUUCGCGACUUCCUGGAUCGAGUCAUGGACAUAGAAGACUCAGAUAUUCCCGACAUCAGCGCUCGACGCACCGUGUUCGAUAUCUCUGCUGUGAUCAAGGAAGGCUACUUAAAAAAAUGUCGUUUUGGAGCGCUCAGAAUGUUCAAAUUUAAGAAACGUUACUGCUGGUUAACCAUGGAUAAUUUCCUGUACAGCCAUGCUCCGGAUGCCGAGACUCGCCAGUUCCUUCCGACACAUAAGAUUGUUGGCGUGGAAAGAGUAGCAGAUGGAAGGUUCCAGAAGAGCAACACGUUCCAAGUUAUAAGUGAGGAAUACGAAGGCGCAUUGCAGACCCUGUAUCUUUCUUGUCAGGAUGUCAACGAUAUGAACCAGUGGAUGUCAGCCAUCAGAAAGACGAUCAUUUCCAAUCCACGUGUUCUUGCUCUGUACCAUUCAGGGAUAUACCAUGGCAAGAAAUGGUCCUGCUGCAAAGAAACCGAACGCGUCGGUAAGCUCAUAACUAUACACAGCUUACAGGCAGGCAGGCUGAAUGGCGUAUGUUGUGGCAGGGAGGCAGGCUGAAUGUCGUAUGUUGUGGCAGAAAGGCAGGCUGAAUGUCGUAUGUUGUGGCAGGGAGGCAGGCUGAAUGUCGCAUGUUGUGGCAGGGAGGCAGGCUGAAUGUCGUAUGUUGUGGCAGGGAGGCAUGCUGAAUGUCGUAUGUUGUGGCAGGGAGGCAGGCUGAAUGUCGUAUGUUGUGGCACAGAGGCAUGCUGAAUGUCGUAUGUUGUGGCAGGGAGGCAGGCUGAAUGGCGUAUGUUGUGGCAGAGAGGCAGGCUGAAUGUCGUAUGUUGUGGCAGUGAGGCAGGCUGAAUGGCGUAUGUUGUGGCAGAGAGGCAGGCUGAAUGGCGUAUGUUGUGGCAGAGAGGCAGGCUGAAUGGCGUAUGUUGUGGCAGGCAGGCUGAAUGUCGUAUGUUGUGGCAGGGAGGCAGGCUGAAUGUCGUAUGUUGUGCCAGAGAGGCAGGCUGAAUGGCGUAUGUUGUGGCAGAGAGGCAGGCUGAAUGGCGUAUGUUGUGCCAGAGAGGCAGGCUGAAUGGCGUAUGUUGUGGCAGGCAAGCUGAAUGUCGUAUGUUGUGUCAGAGAGACAGGCUGAAUGGCGUAUGUUGUGGCAGAGAGGCAGGCUGAAUGGCGUAUUUUGUGGCAGAGGCAGGCUGAAUGGAGUAUGUUGUGGCGGAGAGGCAGGCUGAAUGGCGUAUGUUGUGGCAGGGAGGCAGGCUAAAUGGCGUAUGUUGUGGCAGGCAGGCUGAAUGGCGUAUGUUGUGGCAGAGAGGCAGGCUGAAUGGCGUAUGUUGUGGCAGGCAAGCUGAAUGUCGUAUGUUGUGGCAGAGAGGCAUGCUGAAUGGCGUAUGUUGUGGCAGAGAGGCAGGCUGAAUGGCGUAUGUUGUGGCAGAGAGGCAUGCUGAAUGGCGUAUGUUGUGGCAGGCAAGCUGAAUGUCGUAUGUUGUGUCAGAGAGGCAGGCUGAAUGGUGUAUGUUGUGGCAGAGAGGCAGGCUGAGUGGCGUAUGUUGUGGCAGAGAGGCAUGCUGAAUGGCGUAUGUUGUGGCAGGCAAGCUGAAUGUCGUAUGUUGUGUCAGAGAGGCAGGCUGAAUGGUGUAUGUUGUGGCAGAGAAGGCAGGCUGAAUGGUGUAUGUUGUGGCAGAGAGGCAGGCUGAAUGGCGUAUGUUGUGGCAGAGAGGCAGGCUGAAUGGCGUAUGUUGUGGUAGGCAGGCUGAAUGGCGUAUGUUGUGGCAGAGAGGCAGGCUGAAUGGCGUAUGUUGUGGCAGAGAGGCAGGCUGAAUGGUGUAUGUUGUGGCAGAGGCAGGCUGAAUGGCGUAUGUUGUGGCAGAGAGGCAGGCUGAAUGGCGUAUGUUGUGGUAGGCAGAUUGAAUGGCGUAUGUUGUGGCAGGGAGGCAGGCUGAAUGGCGUAUGUUGUGCCAGAGAGGCAGGCUGAAUGGCGUAUGUUGUGGCAGGGAGGCAGGCUGAAUGGCGUAUGUUGUGGUAGGCAGGCUGAAUGGCGUAUGUUGUGGCAGGGAGGCAGGCUGAAUGGCGUAUGUUGUGGUAGGCAGGCUGAAUGGCGUAUGUUGUGGCAGAGGCAGGCUGAAUGGCGUAUGUUGUGGUAGGCAGGCUGAAUGGCGUAUGUUGUGGUAGGCAGAUUGAAUGGCGUAUGUUGUGGCAGGGAGGCAGAUUGAAUGGCGUAUGUUGUGCCAGAGAGGCAGGCUGAAUGGCGUAUGUUGUGGCAGGGAGGCAGGCUGAAUGGCGUAUGUUGUGGCAGGGAGGCAGGCUGAAUGGCGUAUGUUGUGGCAGAGGCAGGCUGAAUGGCGUAUGUUGUGGUAGGCAGGCUGAAUGGCGUAUGUUGUGGCAGACAGGCAGGCUGAAUGGCGUAUGUUGUGGCAGUAACAUCAAUGAAAAGCGGUCAUGAAAAAGAGAAGGAUUUCCAGCCUAGUAAAGCGGGAUAAAAAUCGAGUUGUGAGCAGUCUCAUAGUAAUUUUUAGUUCUAGAAUUUCUUGAUUUUUAGACGUUAAUGUUUGUUAUGUGGUCACAUAUUAAACGAUAUGAGAUUUUUUCAUCAACUUUCUUUGCAAUAAGUGGCCAUCUUUCUGACCAUAAAAAGUAGUCAACUAUAAGAGAUUGAUCCCUGAUGUGGCCAAAAUAGAGUAGUAACAAAUUGUAUUCUGGUUGGCUAGAUGGGGCAACAUAAUACCAAUAAUAAGUAUUAGGAUUAAGUGUUUAUUAAUAAUACUAAGGGCCAAAUAGAAUAAACCUUUAGCAUAAAAAUAGAAUGAAAAGCCCAAACUGUCGUGAUCUAAGCCUUCAAACGUCCUAUAAAUACAUACCCAACUCCAAAACGCUAUAAAUAUAAACAUAAACCAGUCCGGAUCUAACAUCUAAGUAACGCCAUCCUCUCCCAAUAACCCCCCCCCCCCCCCCCCCUAGCCCCGGGUCCUGUCCCUAAUGACCUUGGAAACGAGUAUGCACAGUUCGCAAUGUGACCCGGUAACUUAUAGGACGUGACCUUUUUCAUUAAACGGGCUCAUGACACGAAACUGAAAUUGAUAAUUGACUGUUUGGGAUUGGUGCUUUUUUUAGCGUGUCGCCUCGACGACCUUGGAUCGACUUGUUUACAACUGAGAUGUUUGCCCGCCAUGCGUUAACAAGUGGAAAAAUCAUACCCCGGAACAGAACUGCCGGUUGAAGUUAUUCAUAGCGCAUUUAAUUUGUUCUAUGGCAUCCUUCCUCUUAUCUUCAAACAAAAACACAUGGCAAGGAUACAUUUCUUAGUGUAUAGCUCUAGAGCGUAUUUAUUGUUUAAUCUUCUCUAUUACGACAGGCUCGCGGACACACUAUCUAUUAACGUACGCGGUAAACAAGUACGAAAAAUGAGGGAAACAAUAAGCCCUGAGCCAAAUAAACACUUAAAUUCUCCGAGACACAACAUAUGGCUCGCUAUUUAUAUCGAAGGGUGAUCAUCAUCAGUUUAUCAAGAGGGGAAACAAUCUCUUUUUCAUAAGAACGUCUAAUUUUCGGAAGCUGGGCCGACCUUAUUCUUGGAUCAUUUGAAGGUAAAAAUUAUGGUUAGUGUUUUCAGUGAUAAUAAAAAGAUAAUACCCAAUUAAAAGAGCGUUACAUAAAUUAUAAAUAGCAGUUACAUUUAUAACGUUAUUGCGAAUAGAAUUUGUCUGUAGCUUGGACGCAUAACACUUGUUGGAAUCUCAGGCCUGUACGUUCUUAUAAAAAGGUUCUUAUAAGAAAAGUGUGUAUGCAGAAAAACACUUUCAAGGUCAAACAAAACACGACUAACAAUGCAUAACAGUGCAUUUAGAUGAUGCGGAGGGAUAGCAAUAUCCACUGAACCGUACCGCCCUUUAGAGCUGAAUGAAAACAAGUUCAUGAGGCAGUUUCCUCACAAGCGAUCAUUACCUAUACCAUCAAACGUGAGUUUACGCUGUUAUACAACCACCUACUAGCGCAUAGGAAAAAACAAGACCCUUGCACACCUCGAGAUGGAUGGCAAAAUAUUAACUGACAAACAGGUGAAAAACAGCAGCCGGAGAUGAGCUGACGUGCGUGUUUACAUGACGCAGUCUUAUGAUGUGUCCCUUUUCCUAACAUGCUCACAUUGGCAGUUAUAGUGCUUAUUGUUUUUUCGGUUUUCUUGUUAGCCGUGCAUAAGAAUGGCCGUUGUUCGUUUGGCAUCCCUGGCCCUUGGCGUUUGCCCGUUAUUGGAUGCAUGUAUUUAAUUCGAUGGUUUUCACAGCCGCACAAGAAGCUGACGGAAUUCGCGAAAGUGUACGGAAAUGUGUACUAUGUUCGGCUUGGCUCUCAAAAUGUCGUAGUUAUAAACUCGGCUGCGGCCGUAAAAGAGGCGCUUUUUCAUAAAGGAAGCGACUUUUCAGGCCGCCCUUCGCUCUUUUCUUUUGGACUUUGGGACAAAACAAAAAUGUCAUUGAUAUUCCGGGACUUUUCACCGCAUUUCGUAAGCAACAAGUGCGCUGUGGAAAUGUCAAUGCGAGCACUUCUAAACGAUGUGGAAACGCUAAAUCUGAGAACAUCAAAUGCGUUGAAUUCAUUGCUGGGGAAGUUCGAGUCGUUUUCGCAGAACCGUACUUCCCUAGAUCCUCGUGGUCCCGCGUUGGAGUGUAUUUCCGAUUUCGUUAUGGGCCACGCGUUUGGCAAUACAAUCUCACGGUGCUUCUUUCACGAGGCGCGCGCAGUCUUAAAGGAAUCGCUGUCAUUCAUCGACAUCGCAUUUGUUGGCAGUUGUAUGGAUUAUGUUGGAUUUAUGCGCUCCAUCAACAAAAAUCAAAUCGACAAAACAGUAACUGACGUAACUAGACUUAGAGAAUUCGUCACCAAAGUGUACAACGUCCACAAGUCUUCCAUGCUACAAACAAGCGACUAUCGGACAAGUUUAGCGCUGCGCUUGCGGCAAUUGAAGGACACCAUUCCAGAAAAACAGUAUUCCUUCGCCGGGUUAACUACAGGUGACGGUUUGGAGCUUGAUGAGGAAAUGAUUGUUUCGUUAUUGACCGAUAUAACAUUUAGUGCUUACGAGAAAAUCUCCACCGCAUUGCUUUGGUGCAUAGCCCGUCUUGCCGAGAGUCUUCCUCUCCAGAUGGAGCUACAAGACAAUUUGGACCAGCUCGGCCAGGAAAAACUGUCACUUAACGACAAACCGAGAUACCCUCUUCUUGAUGCUUUCAUUUCGGAAACUUUACGUACUAGCUGUAUUAUGCCAUUCGGGCUACCGCGGAGAACGGUUAGGGAAACUACAAUCUGUGGAAUAAACAUUCCGAAAGACACCACUGUGCUAUUGAACCUAUGGUCUUGUGCCUAUGACCCAAAAGUCUACAAAAAUCCAGAGUUAUUCAACCCAAAACGCUUUCUCACUGAGGACGUCAAUGGAAAAACACAGAUUAGAUGUCCUUCAUUCCCCGCCUUCUCGGCCGGACACAGGCGAUGUUUAGGAGAUACGCUUUCAAGGAGUGUUCUGUUUUUUCUCGUUGGUGGAAUGUUGCAGAAUUAUUCGAUGGAACUUGAAGAUGAAAGUAUGAAAAGCAAUUUGGAAGGAAAAUACGCACUCACUCUACGAC